AUGGGUCGACCGUCUGACUCUGAUAUUCCUCUUGAGCCCAUCGAACAUGAAAACCAACCUCCACUGUACAACGACGUGAUCGAAUCUCCAUCCCCCACUCCAGUCGAAAACUCGAUCCCAGGCGGGUGGGCAUGCACUUGGGAGGAUAAAAUCGGCACCCGAACGCUACACCCGUCGCUCUGUAAGGACCCACAUGCUCUCUAUUGUUUCCUUUCCGCUCAACAUAAGCUGCCACCGCGGCAGUAUGUUUCCAUCAAAGGGCUGAAGGAUAAAGGCAACGACCCUACCGAUAAUGAAGUGGCUUUUAAUUUCAAACUCGACUUGACACCCACACUGCUACGCCUGGAUGAUAAUGAUAGUGAGUGGCACGAACUGCACAUUGUUCGGGAUGGGGACGGCAAAAAGAAUUUUCGCGGUGGACCUAUUCCAACUCUUGAAUGGGAGCAGCCUCUGGGCCAAGCAAAUCGUCAUGAAGCUUUCAAUUUGGAGGGGAACGAGGACUCGGAGGAUCAAACUCUUCUAGGCGCGAAUGUUGACGGCUCGAAUGAAGGAACUCUUAGUCUGAUGACCUGGUGUGAAAGAUUCUGUCACGACCCUGCCGGAGUCAAAUCAUUUACCUUCACCCGAGAGCUUGAAGGGUUCGACACUGAGCCUCUGUGUUCUGAGCUGAAAUCGUACCUCCGCUCAACCAAUUACCGCGGUCAAAUCAAAAUCACAACUUCCACGCAGAAUACUUUCAUUACUAUCUAUUCUCCGCAUUGGAUAAACCGAUUGCGCAAUAACUCCUUCAUCUGGUGGUUUUGCGUUCUCACCCCACUAUGGAUCAUCACACUGAUCGUGAUUUCCUUAUUGGAGAGACGCUACCAGGUUGUUCACUCAGUUUGGAGGUCUUCUCGUGAGGUCAAAGAUACAUCCGCGCCGCUCGGUUUGAGGAAGAUUUAUGCACAUGGACGGGAUGAGACUAAGCUGGCAGAUUUCUGGGCACCCGCCGUCAUCCAGGCAGCUCGCGACCAGCGAGAUGAGGGUGAAGUCUUGACCGAGGGAAGCAUAAAGCGUCUCCAGCAGCGAGCACAGGAGCGCAUGAGAAAUCUUGCGUCAUUUAUGGCUGAAACGUAA